CAUGCGACGAGACUCAAAAGAAAGCUGGCGAGACGUUACCAAAUGGACAAUACUUGCUAACAAGUGGGAGCAUGUCAUUCAAGGUAAGGAAAAUGGAGAAGACGUCACUCGCUAACUUGACGAAGGCAAAGGACAACUUUUUAACGGAUAAUUUAUAAGGAAUGCUAAACUCACUACUCCCUCAUUAGGUGUACUGUCACAUGAUAGAUAAUGACAAAGGAUGGACUCUGGUCGCCCGAUUCUCAAGCAAUGAUGAUAAAAACUGGAUGAAUGACACCGGUUUAUGGUGGUAUGACCAGCAAGUUGCCAUGGGAACUACAACAGACCCAUCGAAUAACGCUGACAUGAUCGCACCCGCAUUUUGGUUAGUCAGCGGCAGAGAGUUUAAGAUCACGCGCAGUGAUGACCCCGGUCACACUUCUUUAUUACAGACCACAGGUAACUGUUUGGCUGGACAAACAUUCCGAUCUAAAAUCACAAGUUAUGGCGACUUCAGAAAUGGCAAAGUUUGGGCCCGGAACAAGUGCCUGGGAAGCUGCACAGUUCAAUACGGCGGUCUGUACAAGUCAACAGACGGGUUUCAACAGGGUGAGUGCAGUGGAGACAUCCAAAGCGCCAACAACAUCGGCUUCUGGUGUGACUAUGGUGGUGAUGGAUCAGUGAUGAUGAUUGGUGGAGGAGGAGAUGGUUGUCGACGUGCUGAUCACGGGAUUGGAAUAACAGAAUCUGACGCUGCUUGUUUUGUGGAAAGAAAACUAGGAGAUAGCCAAACUGAAUAUGACUUUGGUUAUGAUGGUGAAAUAUCCACCGCUCCAUCUCAGUCAUAUUCAUUAAACCUGUGGAUCCGUUGAUCGCUAAUAAGUCUUUGAGCAACAUUCCCUGUAGAUUUUUUACCGCAGAAUAUCUCAACAUUAAUUAUUACAUUAUAUCCAGUAGCCACUGUAGCGAACGAACCGAUUUAGAUUUCCUUGAAGAUCUUGCCUUCAUGCAUAACAAAAUGUCUCUGCAAUUGCUAAGAAAAUUUACCAUUAAUUUCCAGCCUAAAACAG